AUUCCAUUGCACCAAAGUACAAAACGGUAAUGAGGGACAGCGUAAGAAUGUUUCUUUUCACCCUGUGCAGAGUGAGUGGGCUGGCCGGAGCUUUCCGCGCUAUGCCGUUACAUAGACGACAAGGAAUCGCAGACGUUCUGCUGGGCUACUUGAGAAAAUCUGCCGGUGUCAUCAACAAACCGGUUUGCAGGCAGGAAAUUGACAAUGAUGCAGAAUGGCUUGAAGCAAACUUGGGUCCAUUUUCCCUGUACACAACAUACUCUGACCUCAACGUCUUCAACCUCUCUGUGGUGGCACUUGUGGACUCCCUGUCCCCAGACCAGAAGGCUGAGCUGAUCCUGGAUCCAGACAGCCACGCUUUGGAGGAUGAGGCCAUCAUAAGGGAGGUGUUCACAAGCUUGACAAAGUCCCAUGAUAACGAGCAGCUCAAUCAGUUUUUCCAGGCUUUUGCAAGCAUCAGCGAGCAGAGAAACAUCACCAUCAUCAAAAAUCAAGGUGUACGAGACACCAUCUUGAACCUGACCUUGACAGCCCUUGCCGGUGAAUUUGAAGACUUUGAGCCUAAAGACUUUGAGCUGUGGUUCCAGGUCUAUUUGGCUCCCGUGAUGGCGAGCCUCCAGCCUGGCAGCUUGGUGGUGAUCCCCAGUAACAUCAGCUGCGCAUCCUACGAAGCUAUACUCACUGGUCUUCUGCAAAGUUUGAAAUCCCUGCCUCCGACCCUUUCACAUGGCGUGAGCGCAAGCAUACAGUCACUCAAGGAGACAUUCGCACGUUGCACAGUUCCAGAUUCCUUCGUGUGCAAAGAGACCCGAUUGAUGGCCCUCAUCUGUGCUGCGGUCAACAGUUCACAACUGGAACAAACCCUGUCUACUGGCAAUUCCUCUGAAGCCCUGUGCAAUUUUACCAUCGCUGAGCUUGCCUGUUCCUCGGCUACACACCUCACAUCCAGCAACCUGGUCACACUGAUGAAAUGCUCACUGCAAAGCCAAAGGACAUACCCGGUAGAGGUCUGGAAGCUUCUCUUCCAAAAAGCUUCUACUGCACUAGACCAGGCUCUCCAGACCUUCGCCACCAUGGCCCCCAACAACAGCAAUCCAGCCAUGUCACCUGCUCUUGAGGCUCUUGGGGAGCUGAGAAUUGCAAACUUCAGCCAGGCACAACUGCAGAGUGAUGCCUUUGUCAGAUUCUGGUUCCAGACAGAGCUUGGUCCGUUUCUGGCCUCUGCAUCCCCCAACUUCCUAUUCUGCCUUAGCUCCAAGAACUUCAGCUGCCAUACGUACCAGACAGUGUAAGUAAAUAUUGGAUAGUUUGCUCCAAAGUGAACAAGAUUGCAGAGGGAGCGG